AUGUCUGUUAAUGCAACAGAAAAUGAUCCUCCCAGAUUCUUUGUGGGUGGAGAAGAUGGAGAAGGAUUAUUGGAUUCAGCCCGAUCUACAGAUUAUGAACACUUCUAUGACCAUGGGGAAGAAGAGGAGGAAGAGUAUGAUUCUCCACCAGAAAGACAAAUUGCAGUUGGGAUAUGUUCAAUGGCUAAGAAAUCAAAGUCCAAACCAAUGAAAGAAAUUCUUGAACGCCUCUCCAUGUUUAAGUAUAUAACUGUGGUGAUAUUUGAAGAGGAUGUUAUUUUGAACGAGCCAGUAGAAAAUUGGCCUUUAUGUGACUGUCUCAUUUCUUUUCACUCUAAAGGGUUUCCACUGGACAAAGCAGUAGCUUAUGCAAAACUCAGGAAUCCUUUCAUAAUCAAUGACCUGAAUAUGCAGUAUCACAUACAAGACAGAAGAGAAGUCUAUGGUAUUCUUAAAGCUGAAGGAAUUUUACUUCCUCGCUAUGCAGUUUUGAACCGUGAUCCAAACAAUCCCCAAGAAUGCAACUUGAUUGAAGGAGAAGAUCAUGUGGAAGUGAAUGGAGAAAUCUUCCAGAAGCCCUUUGUAGAAAAGCCAGUUAGUGCUGAAGACCACAAUGUUUACAUUUAUUAUCCAACAUCUGCUGGGGGUGGAAGCCAGAGGCUCUUUCGAAAGAUUGGCAGUAGAAGCAGUGUUUAUUCUCCUGAAAGCAGUGUGAGGAAAACAGGCUCCUAUAUCUAUGAGGAAUUCAUGCCUACAGAUGGAACUGAUGUGAAGGUGUACACAGUAGGUCCAGACUAUGCUCAUGCUGAGGCCCGGAAGUCUCCAGCUCUGGAUGGCAAAGUAGAACGAGACAGCGAAGGAAAAGAAGUGAGAUAUCCAGUCAUCCUGAAUGCAAGAGAGAAGUUAAUUGCUUGGAAAGUAUGCCUUGCCUUUAAGCAAACAGUUUGUGGCUUUGAUUUGCUGCGUGCUAAUGGACAGUCCUAUGUCUGUGAUGUGAAUGGCUUCAGUUUUGUGAAAAACUCCAUGAAAUACUAUGAUGAUUGUGCUAAGAUAUUGGGAAAUAUCAUAAUGAGAGAACUUGCUCCCCAAUUUCAAAUACCAUGGUCAAUUCCUUUAGAAGCUGAAGACAUUCCUAUUGUGCCAACCACCUCUGGAACAAUGAUGGAGCUUAGAUGUGUUAUAGCUGUAAUACGCCAUGGGGAUCGAACACCAAAGCAAAAAAUGAAAAUGGAAGUAAAACAUCAGAGAUUUUUUGAUCUCUUUGAAAAAUGUGAUGGAUAUAAAUCUGGAAAACUGAAACUGAAAAAACCAAAACAGUUGCAGGAAGUACUUGAUAUAGCAAGGCAGCUCCUUGUAGAACUUGGGCAAAACAAUGAUUCUGAAAUUGAAGAAAGUAAAGCAAAACUUGAACAGCUGAAGACUGUGUUAGAAAUGUAUGGGCAUUUUUCAGGCAUAAAUCGCAAAGUUCAGUUAACGUAUCUUCCUCAUGGCUGCCCUAAGACUUCCAGUGAAGAGGAAGAUAAUAGAAGAAAUGAGCCAUCCCUGCUUCUCGUUCUAAAAUGGGGAGGAGAGUUGACCCCUGCAGGCAGGGUUCAAGCAGAGGAGCUUGGAAGAGCUUUCAGGUGUAUGUAUCCAGGCGGACAAGGAGAUUAUGCUGGAUUUCCUGGAUGUGGAUUACUUAGAUUACAUAGCACUUACCGACAUGAUCUCAAAAUCUAUGCUUCUGAUGAGGGACGAGUUCAGAUGACUGCAGCAGCUUUUGCAAAGGGACUACUGGCCUUAGAGGGAGAGCUGACUCCUAUUCUUGUCCAGAUGGUAAAAAGUGCUAAUAUGAAUGGUCUGUUGGACAGUGACAGUGAUUCUUUAAGCAGCUGUCAACAUCGUGUUAAAGCAAGGCUCCAUGAAAUUCUCCAGAGAGACAGAGAAUUUACUGCUGAUGACUAUGAUAAGCUCACUCCAUCUGGGAGCAUCUCACUGAUAAAAUCAAUGCAGAUUAUUAAAAAUCCUGUAAAGACAUGUGACAAGGUCUAUUACUUGAUACAGAGUUUGACUUCUCAGAUCAGGCAGAGAAUGGAAGAUCCAAAGUCUGCAGAUAUUCAGCUGUACCACAGUGAAACUCUAGAACUGAUGUUGCGCAGGUGGGCCAAGUUGGAAAAAGACUUCAAAACAAAAAAUGGAAGAUAUGAUAUUAGCAAAAUUCCUGAUAUUUAUGACUGUAUAAAAUAUGAUGUACAACACAAUGGAUCCUUAAAAUUAGAAAACACGAUGGAAUUAUAUAGGCUUUCAAAGGCUUUAGCUGACAUUGUGAUUCCUCAGGAAUAUGGUAUUUCUAAAGCUGAGAAGUUGGAGAUUGCCAAAGGUUACUGCACUCCUCUAGUCAGAAAAAUUCGUUCUGACCUUCAGAGAACUCAAGAUGAUGACACUGUAAAUAAGCUUCACCCUCUCUACUCCAGGGGUGUCAUGUCCCCAGAACGCCAUGUUCGUACCCGGCUGUAUUUCACCAGUGAGAGUCACGUCCACUCUCUGUUAUCCACCCUUCGUUAUGGUGCCUUAUGUGAUGAAUCAAAAGAUGAACAAUGGAAACGAGCUAUGGAUUACUUAAAUGUCGUCAAUGAACUCAAUUACAUGACACAGAUUGUUAUCAUGCUCUAUGAGGAUCCAAAUAAGGAACUUUCUUCAGAAGAACGUUUUCACGUAGAGCUGCAUUUCAGUCCAGGAGCUAAAGGCUGUGAGGAAGAUAAAAAUUUACCAUCUGGAUAUGGAUACAGACCUGCCUCCAGAGAGAAUGAAGGCUCAAAAAAAACCUCUCAUAGAAAUGAUAGUGAUGAGGAGGUGCACGCUCCUAAACGAGAUGAAACCGAUCGAUCAGUAGUGAUGUUCAAGCCAAUGGUAUCAGACCCAAUUCACAUACACAGAAAGUCACCCCUUCCAAGAUCCAGGAAGAUUGGUUCUGUUGAAGAAGAGAGCCCCCUGAGUGUGUCUAGCCCAGAGUGUAUUGGUACCUGGCUGCAUUACACCAGUGGUGUGGGUACUGGGCGUCGAAGACGCAGAUCAGGGGAACAAAUCACUUCUUCCCCUGUCUCCCCUAAAUCACUGGCUUUCACAUCCAGUAUUUUUGGCUCAUGGCAACAGGUCCUAUCAGAAAGCAAUAGUAACUUACGAACACCAAGAACUAUUCUGGAACAAAAGCAGAGUGGUCUAGGGUCUCACUGUGCGGGCCUGUUUAGCACCUCAGUGCUCGGGGGUUCUUCAAGUGCACCUAACCUACAGGAUUAUGCUCGUACGCAUCGUAAAAAGCUGACUUCUUCUGGCUUCAUAGAUGACACCACACGCGGUUCUGCUGUUAAAAGGUUUUCUAUCUCAUUUGCUCGACACCCAACCAAUGGCUUUGAACUGUAUUCAAUGGUGCCUUCUAUUUGCCCUUUGGAAACUCUACACAACUCCUUGUCUCUGAAGCAGGUGGAUGAAUUUCUUGCUUCUGUUGCUGCUCCAUCAAGGGAAAAUCUGCAGGAUACAUCUUCUCCAACUUACAUGAUGCCCCUUUCAGGAAGAAAAAUUUCUUUAAAUACAUUUACCCCCGCAAAAAUUCAACCAACUGCACUUGAAACUUUGCCUGAAAGGCUAGUGGUGGAAAAACUAACCUUAUCUACCCUUGGAUGUCCUGUUAAGGUAUCUAAUAUUAAACCAUCUCUUGAAGAGGCCUCUCUAGAUGCAGAACUUUGUGGUGAAACUCUUUCUGAAAAGAAAUGAUCAGACAAAACUGGAAACAACUUCUUAAAUGGUUCUUUAAUGUGCAUUCAAGCAAGUUAGGGAGCUGUCAAAAGCCAUUCAUGUCUGCAUCUGCAAUUCAUAGUGCACUUAAAAAUCUUUAUAAAUAGUUAACUAGUGUGCACAGUAUUUAGGUCAAGCAUCUUUUCUCAUUUUCUAAAACAUAGUAUUUGAGGAAUGUCACAGCUUUUAAUGGAAAAGCUGCACAUGAACCUUUUCUGUGUCUUCAAAUAUCUACUGUAAACGUGUACAAAAACAAGAUGGUAUGUAUUACAGUGGGUCUGUUGUCGUCACUGUAAUGAGAGCAUUGUCUGUUGUCAUCAUAAACGUCUAUUUCCGGGAGUUUAUAAUCUCCCUGUGAAUUUCUUCUGUGUGCUGAAACAGAACAUGCAUCUUGACUUUUUUAAAAUUUAACUACAUUCCCAAAGAGAUCUCUUUUCCCUGGUUUGGAGAUAAGCAGAUAUUUUCUGUAUUUGAAUUACAUUAUAUUAUAUAUGCUGCAAUAAUUAGGCAUGCUGGGAUGAGUUCAUGUAUCAGCACUUUUGACUACUCUUUUUGUUUUUCCUUGUGUUUACAUGUAACAUUCAAAUCUACCUUCUUUUAUUGUUUAGUACACAUGCUUGUAUACAGAUACUUGUAUAUCAUCCAGCAGAUAAAACUGUCUUUUAUAUGUUUUUAUCAAAAACUUCUUUUGCUUACUAGAAAAGACAGUUUUAUUUCCUUGCCAUGUGUUUCUAGAAAAAGGUGAUACUAAAAAGCAGGUUUUGUAGAAUGAGAAAUGGUUACAGCUCAUCUGCAAAUAGGUUUAUUCUAAAAAUUGUAAAUAUUCCACCUAUGCUCUAUUGUCAUCCUUUCAGCACAGAGUCUGUGGAGUACCAGAACUCAGUGCAUACUGUUCCAAAAUACUCAGGAUUCUCAUGGCCUGGGAAUUUUCAUACCUCCCUACUUCCAAUCUACUGGUUGACAGCAACUGUCAAAAAAAAACCCCACAAAACAAAACAAAACAAAAACCAAAACAAACAAACAAAAAAACCAAAUCCAAAACACCAACAAAAAAUCUCACACAAACCAACCAAAAAAACACAAACAAACAACCAAACCAACCAAACAAAAACAAACAAACAAACAAAAAAACUUACACAAAAAAGCCAGGAAAAAUCUCACAAAACAAAAGGAAAAAAAAUUAAACAUUUUAUGAGAUGUAAGAAGCAUUUCUAAAUUGGUGGAACAUGGAGUUAUGGUAUUAUUUAGAAGAUUUAUCCAAUCUAAGUAAAUUUUAUAAUUUUUGUCUGUGGCAUGACAAAAUUACUGGGUUAUGAGUACCCCAAAUGUAUGAAAAUAUAGACCACUUCUUUAAGUUCAAGUGGCUGAGUAGUAAGAAUGGACUUCAUAACUACAAGUUAGGCAAUUCCUUUCACGUUUAAGCUGCAGAAGACAGCUUAUGAGUAAAAUGUUUAAGCAGGGCUCUUGUCUCCAGAGCCAGUGCAAGUUGCACUAAUUACAUUCACUAGUUACUAGUUACAGUUACUUUGUCAGAGGGUCUUUUUUUGGUGUUUACCAUAUAGGAAAUGGCUUCAGCAGACGAUUUCUAACAAUGCUGAUUAAAUACCAAAAAUAGGAAGGGUUUCACAGCUAUAUACUUCAAGUAUUUCAAUUUUCAUACUGUAAUUGUGUUAUUUACAAUGUUGGUCUUGCAUACAACUGAAUGUACCCCUGUUUACCAUUUAAAAAGAAAACCUAAAAAUUCAAGUAUUCAUAUCAUUCCAGUCAACCAAAGCUGUGGCAUAAGUUUUUUAUGUGCUUCUAAAUAAAAUCAAGGUCACUGGCAACUUCUCUCUUUUGUAUUUUUUUUAAAAGCACUGUGAAGUAUAGUGAGUAGCUGACAAAAUCAUCUCAGUGGAAAACAAUUUACAUUAUUAUAAGCCAGUAAAUUAGAAAUAAGCCAAAAUUACACUUGGUGGUAAGGAUGUGGCAUAAAAGAAAUGACGUUAUCAUUUUAUACUGAAAUCACUCCUCAAAAAAAUAAGUGGCAGUCACACUGCAGUGCUUUGUGGUGUUCCAGAGUGGUAACAUCAAAUACAGGACCACUGUAAGUGCUCUUCUACUUGCCGUUGAGACUGACAAUAGGACACAAGGUGGACUGUGCAGGUUUGAACCUAUUUUUAAUUCAAUUUUUUAUGCAAUAGUACUCUUCUCACAUUAAACUUUUUUGAACUAUACAUCCUAUUCCAGCCAGAUUUGGCAGAGGUCAAAGGAUAUGUUCACACAAAAUCAGUGGUCAAAAUAUGACAAUGACUCUGUGACUCCCAAAAUAUUAUCAGCCUGCAAUGUAGUUUAAGUAAUUACGUAGCUUAGCAUUUCUUCAAAUAUGAAGCAUCAUUAAAAAACAGACCAAGGCUCAAAAAUGUGUGAAAACUCCUAAAAUUAAUUGAAAUCCUGUUUUAUGUUUCUUUAUUAUAAUCAAUAAAUUUCAGUUAUGUAAUUAUCCAAGAAUGCACAGGCUGUUAAGGGAAAACAGAUGUGCUCCCAAAGUUCAGUUUUGUAGAAAUCCAUAUAAACACUAGGGAGGCAUGCAUACAAGAAAUAAUUAUACAUAUUAUCAUAUAUUUCAAAAAUAAUGAUCACACAUGGAGCAACAGCAUCCAUGCCCCUGCAAAAACAGUUGAAAGUAUAACGGCAGAAGACAUGUAACAAAGAUUUUUAAAAGCCAUUUCAGUGCAAUAGACAAAUGGCAGAAUGUAGGGAUUUAAGACUACUUUCUGUCAUCUAACAGAGAGAGAAGCAUAAUUUUCCUUUAUUUUUCCUGCCUUUCUUCCUCAUCAAUUGACAGCAACUGUAUUUUUGACAGUCCCAUAAGUAACUUGCUAAAGAAAAAAUAGAACUUUUCCAGAAAGUCAAUUCUACAAGAAGCAGUAGUGUACUUUCUAGAAAGUGUACUUUCUAGAAGUGUACUUUCUAGUAGUAGCAGUAGUUCAUAUUUCUUUUAUUUUUCUUUUUAAAUAAUGGUUUUAAUUUUGCUUGCUUUUGUGAGGACAAAUUUCAUUGAGUAUUUUUAAAUGCUAAUUUUUUUAUUUUCUCUCACUUAGUCUUAAAAACAACCAUCUUGUGCUCUGAAAUACAGAAACUGGUGUAACACCAAAGCAGUCCAGAGUGUAAUACUGUGAAAAACAGAUGUUGAAUAAAAAAUAGGCCAAAUAUUUUAUCUAUAAAAAAGAGAAUGUGUGAGUGUGUGAAUGGCAUCACAUAUGGGCUUAGGAGGAGCAAAAUGCAAUAAACACAGAGAACAUCCGCAUCAUAAAAGGUAGAAGCUAGUGUAGAAAAAAUCCUACGGAAGCUUAAAUUCUGCAUUGAUGCAACCAGUUCUAAAGUGGACUUGCUUUAAAAAAAAACAACCAAACAACAGACUUGAUUGAAAAGUUGUCACUGUGCCACGCAAAUCAGACUUUACAGAUCUCCAUCCUGUUCAGUCAAAGAGAUAAGUCACUGACAAGAGAAAACAAGGUAAUUGGGUGACAUGCAUUUUGCAACAGAUCCAGAAUACUUCUAAUAUAAUGGCAGUGUCUUUGCUUCCAACAAAGCUUGUUUGGUCUAAGUGUACCUGUCUAACCAGAUCUCCUAUUUCAUCUCUCCAGAAGAAGGAAUAACUGCUCCUUUAUUUAAUAAGAUUAUUAUUUGUUGUACACUAAUAUAAGUACUAAAAAUUUGUGAAUCUUUUAAAAUCUGAGUAUAAAUCCAUUCGGACUCCCUGUGUUAGUUGUUGUCAGACUCUUGUUAGCUUUUUCAUUUCUCUUUUGGGAAAUGGCUGGGAAUAGAUUUAGACUUAAAUUAUUAUAUGUAAAAAUUACAUAAAUUAUUUUAAAAGGCUACUCUGGAAAGCAUUUUGAACUCUAUGAAUUUAAACUAAGUCUGUAGACAUUUUAAAGAGCACUCACAUACAGCAUGUAUAGUUACAAAUACUAAAAAGUAAAAAUGAAAAGAGAAAAUCCAACUAAGAGAAUUCAAAAGACUGAAAUGACAUUGGAUUUUAAAUAGAAUGGAAUAAAAAAAACCCCAAAAUA